AUGCCAGGCACGACUGCCAUCCUCUCAGUAGCUGCACUAGCAGCUCUUUCAGCCUACAUUGUUCCGCCCGUCCGACAUGAACUCAAAGUCUUAGGUGUUGGGAGAUCAGUAGUGUCUACGAUUGCCAAUGCCAAUGACUAUGUCAGGAUAGAAGAUACAACACAUUGCGAGGACUUGCAUUACUAUGCACCUGCGAAUCUGCUGUUUACGGCUUGUGAGGAUAGACAUACUCGGUUCGACUGGUUUCCUCCUUUGGGAAGCUUUGAUCCGCCAGAAGAUGGUACACAGGGCAGUAUCCAUGUCAUUGACCCUGAGACUUUCGUUACUCAUGGAAUUGAUGUUAUCGCCGAUCCUCAGGCCAAAGAUGCUGUAUACAUAUUUGCAGUGAACCACUACCCGAACCCCGAGUUUGUGUCUUCCCGCCGCGAACACAUAAUUAAGUCAAACUCUCGUGUCGAGCUGUUCAGACAUGUGAUUGGCAGCAGCACACUCAAGCAUAUUCGUACAAUCUCACAUAAGCUCAUUGAGACUCCCAACGACAUCUAUGCCGUCAGUCCUUCAGAGUUCUACGUCACCAAUGACCACAGACACAGGGAAGGUCUGAUGAGAGAGCUUGAGGCCGUGGCACCCUUCGCAUGGUCGAACACAAUUCAUGUAUCGAUCACGGACCUCUCUGCAAUUUCCGAAACUGCAGGUUUGGAAGCAAGUAUCGCUCUCACAGGCACCAAGAACAACAAUGGAUUAGGCCAUGUGCACGACUUCAAUGAAGUCACUGUCGUCAGUGCAGAGAGAGGAAUUCUGUACCGCUGCUUUGCCGACCCUCAAAACAAGACUUUGCGUAUCGAGGAGACUGUGCAUUUGGACACACGCGGUAUCGACCUCGCUGGAAACACGAGAAACCCUUCGGCCAAGGAUCCAACUUUCGUAUGGCUUGUGCAGCGCAAACAGUCUUCCAACAUCGAAAAAGACGCAACAGCAGAGGGUGCUUGGGAAAAGAAACUUGUUUUUGCCGACGACGGAGCAAAACUCAGAACAGCCAGUGCAGCUGUGAUUGUAGGCAUCGAUCCCAAGAAAGAAGGAGGCAAGAAAAAGGGUUGGUUGUUUGCCACUGGCUUUAUGUCUGAGAAUGUGGUUGCUACGAAGAUUGACCUUUGA